AUGACUGGGAAGCACUGUGCUGGCGACGGUCUAUCAGCAGUCCUGGACCACAACGCCUGUGACCCCCAUGGGGACCUGUUGAAGAAAGUUAAACUUAAGGAAGCUACCUUUUUCUUUGCACAUCAGAAUUUUGCAUGGGUGAACAUUGGACACCAAUAUUCUCACUCUAAACCAGGGGCAAGAACAGAACAUCAGAAGUUGUUGGACCUCAGCACAUUGUUGGCCUCAGCAGAUUUCUUUAAGACUGUCACAUUGCCUAAGUCGAAGCCGGGCAGUGCCACGAGAAGACCCCACAGCAGCCCCAAGAGUGGUGCCAGAAGCGCCGCCUCCGCUCCUCCUCGAGCCUCACCAGAGGGAACUGCUAGCUGCCGCCAUCAUGGUGAGCUGAGGAGAAGGCCUAAAGGGCCCACGCCGGGUUGGGUCCUCCCGGGUGGUGGAAACUCAGCCUUUCUAGCGCAGUGCCAGAGAGGGGCUGAAAGCGGGGUCACCCCCUUCCCUUCCUGGGUGCACCACAGACAAGGCCUGAGAGAGGAGGUCGAGACAGCCCAGAGGGGUGGAGGAGGGGCGGCAUGCCAGCGGAUGUCGCAGUGGGUGGAGGCUCUGAGGGCUCGCUGUCCCACCCGCUGCCUGCCGACCACGUGCCGGGUUGCGGCCUUCACGCCGCCCUGCCUGCCUCCCGCCGCAGCGGGCUGGGUUUCUGCUGCAAAUCCUGAGACUCCAAACUCAACCAUCUCCAGAGAGGCCAGCACUCAGUCCUCAUCAGCUACAACCAGCCAAGGCUAUGUUUUACCAGAAGGCAAAAUCAUGCCCAACACCGUUUUUGUUGGUGGAAUUGAUGUUAGGAUGGAUGAAACCGAAAUUAGAAGUUUCUUUGCUAGAUAUGGUUCAGUAAAAGAAGUGAAGAUAAUCACGGAUCGAACUGGUGUGUCCAAAGGCUAUGGAUUUGUUUCAUUUUAUAAUGAUGUGGAUGUGCAGAAGAUAGUAGAAUCACAGAUAAAUUUCCAUGGUAAAAAGCUGAAACUGGGACCUGCAAUCAGGAAACAAAAUUUAUGUGCUUAUCAUGUGCAGCCUCGUCCUUUGGUUUUUAAUCCUCCUCCUCCACCACAGUUUCAGAGUGUAUGGAGUAAUCCAAACACUGAAACUUAUAUGCAGCCUCCAACCAUGAUGAAUCCUAUUACUCAGUAUGUUCAGGCCUAUCCUCCUUAUCCAAGUUCACCUGUUCAGGUCAUCACUGGAUAUCAGCUGCCUGUAUAUAAUUAUCAGAUGCCACCACAGUGGCCUGCUGGAGAACAAAGGAGUUAUGUUAUACCCCCGGCUUAUACUGCUGUUAACUACCACUGUAAUGAAGUUGAUCCAGGAGCUGAAGUUUUGCAAAGUGAAUGUUCAGUUCAUGAAGCUACUCCAUCCUCAGGAAAUGGCCCACAAAAGAAAUCUGUGGACAGAAGCAUACAGACUGUGGUGUCUUGUCUAUUUAACCCAGAGAACAGACUGAGAAACUCUCUUGUUACUCAGGACGACUACUUCAAGGACAAAAGAGUACAUCACUUUAGAAGAAGUCGAGCAGUGCUUAAAUCUGUUUGA